AUGGCGGAAGAUGAGGUGGUGUUGGAGAAUUCUCCUUUGCAGAAAUAUCUCGACGAAAUUGGCUUCACAGACUUUGAGAGGGGCAGUAGCUUUAAAGGACACGAAAAACUUAAUGAAGGUACAUUAUCUAUUCUUUGGACCAAAGUAAAAGGUCUUUUGCAAAGUGUAUUGACUUGGGACACUUGGGAAUUGUGUUAUGUCUUGACACCACCAAGGAACGAUAUUGAAGCCUUCAGGAAACACUACAUUGCUGUCGUAGUUGAUUCUGAAGUGUUAAAUGAUGACGACUUAAAUUUUCUUUCCAAUUUUGAUCCAGAACUCUUCAAGCCUGGAAAUCUGGGCACAUUUGGUGAACCGCAGAAAGAAAUGAUUUUUUUAAUCAGCAGAAGACAUGCUCUCCUUUCCUUUUUUGUGCUUAUUUUUUCCUUCUUACUGGCUACUGGCAAUGAGUUCUCCUUUCCUACAUUUUUAGUCACUGUGGUAACAUUGUGCGCUGUAGGAAUUAAAACAACAAGUCGAUAUUACUUCAGCAUUUGUCACCAGAGAAACAUAGGCCAGCUGAAGUCAUUCAUGUCACAUACAAAACAGUUGGCUUUGCUGUUGAGAAAAUCAGUUAAGCUCAUUCAAGAAAUGGAGCUUUUAUCAAGAGGAUAUACUAUGGUGGGCCCGAUUAUUCCUUCAUUCAUAGAAGAUGGUGAUAAUAUGACAGGAUCAGUUUAUCCAGCAUUGAGGAAGGCUAUCAUAAAGAAUGCAGAGAAUGCGACAACUUGCUUACGGAGGUCAGCAAAAGAGCUGAUCUUUAAUUUUCCCCUUAGUUUAGAGUAUGCAGGGAUAUUCACAUACUUGUCUAAAGGAUGUGAGGAAAUUAAGCCUGAUUACUGUGCUGAAGAACUGUCAUUACAAACCUUGAAACUUAUGACCUCACUGGUUUUUGGUGUGCAGUCAGAGUUCCUCAGCAGAUUUUUGCUCUGUUUGUCUUUGGAGGCAAAUGGUGGAAACUUGACUAAACUGUACAGAAACCUUUUUACAAAUAUGAAUAUAAUGUUUGAAAUUCCUACCAGUUUCUUAGCAGAGUCCCUGACAUCACUUGAAAGAAGCUACAAGCUACACAAAAGCUGUUGUUUUACCAGCAAUGAACAGUCAGUGAAACAUCAUGCAAUUAGUAACACCAAGUGGACAGGUCUUGAUGUUGCACUUCAUAGUCUUCAACUACACUUACAAGCAGGAAUACUACGAGUGCAGUGUCUACAACAGAUCCUUAGUAAGAGUGAAAUAGAAAAUGAAGCGAAAGCUGCAGAGGCAACUCACAUAAGUUACAGUAAUCUUGAAACAACUUUUCAUUGGUUGAAAAUAGAUCUUGAGUCAGCAUUAAGCUGUUGGGAAGAAGGUGAAAAGAACCUUGAAAAGUUGUUGGGUAAAGAAUCACCCAAAAAACCUGAUAAAGAGACUUCAAGUGUAGUGCCUAAUGUUAUUUUGGAAAAGUCAACAAGCCAUUGUGAAUGCUAUGUGAAUGAAGAAGUUGUAGAAGUUGAUAGAGUCUAUGAAGCCUUUUCUGACCCACAUGAGGAAGAUUUUUAUAGGCACCCUAUUCUGUCAGUGGAAGAUCUUGAAGAGGAAAAGAACAUUGCAAAGGAUAACAAGCAGCUUUUACAGGAACUCAAAGCUGUUUUGUUUACAAAGUCAAAAGAUCCACUAAUAAGCACUGCAGGGUACGUCCAACCUGUGAAAGCACCUGUAACCCUUCAAACGGAUGCCACUGGCCUGCCACACAAAGGGGUAGAUCAGUCGUCGAUGGAAGUGACAAGAUGUAAUUCUCAACACAGGAAUGAUGACCUUUGCUUACACAAAAAACAUUCCUCUGAAGCAGAAGCAGGUCAACUACCUUUGCCAUUCACAAACGUUCAGUCAUCAGUUGCUGCAACUGUUGCAGCUGCAGCUGUUAAGAGAAGCAAGGCUAUGGGACUCAGUGAGGAAACUUUUAUUAGUGAUGAGGAGUCAGAUUGA